UAUACCAUGGUACCUCUUUACACUGCUUAGAAAUCCAACAAUGUAAAGUUAGCCAUGAGCCGGGUACCAUACUUGGCCGGGAAAUACAAAAUUAGAAUGGCCGCCACAACUCGCAAAAAGGAGCAACGAAUCUGCACUUGUAAAGUGCUUUUAAAUGGAAGAGUGGCUCCACAUGUCCAGGCUAAUAUCGUUAAGGAGAUGUUGAAGCAUCUCAUGCUUCAGAGGAAUCAGAUACCGAUGGCGUAUGAACAGAUGAAAUACGAGUAUGAACGAAGGCAGUGUGGUUCUGCGGCGGCAACCUCUCGGGAAAAUGGUAAACAUAAAAACCAACAGGAAUUGUCUAGUUCAGUCUACAAACGGUUAGGACAGCUCAUCACAACCGUGGAAGAACAGCUGGCAAAUAUCGAUGCUGUCUUCAACCUAAGCUUCGUGCCCAGGGUGCUUAUUCUGUUGGGUGCCACGGCCGUCAGCCCUAAGGAAGUCCACGAGAUAGUGUUCAGUAACCAGGCCUCGGUGCACGAUGGCAGCCUGGUGGAUCUGCGGACCAAGCACUGCGUACGGGCUCUGAUGAGGACCCUGAUCGCCGAUUCCUCCAUCUGGGAGGCCAAGCAGUUGCCCCUGACCAACACCUUGCUGCUGGUCCGGGCCCACCGGGACAGCGGACUGACGUGGUUUCAGCCCAAGAUGAGCCUGAAGGGGGCGCCCAGUCGGGGUCAGUUGUACCGCUGCGAGAUCCACUGUGGUCACGUUGAAAACAGCCUCGGCUGUGCUGGCGACUGCAGCAAACUCCUCAAUGGCAAUGACGAACAUCGUAGCGAUUGUGUGCAUGGCCAGGGAAAUAACAAAACAGACAACGGUCAAGCCACUAUGGAAUCUGUCGCUGAGAGUGAUGAUUAUAUUUGGUACCAAGCACCAGUGCCUAUCAAGGGAGUGCAACCGUUUGCAGCCAAGGCACCAUCAGCAAGCGAUAUAUGGGCUUGAUCAUUGCAGAAUCCUCUGAAAUUUGAUUAAUUUCUUAUUAGGUCUAUUUUUAAUAUUUAUUAAUAGAAAGUACUUGUCUAGUAAUCUGUACGUAGCUACUACAAUUCAGAUUAAUUAUUGAAUGCUCAAAAUUUGAGAUCCAUACACAAAUCCUACACUGACUACACCAUCAGUUGCACUUUGUCAAAUUAAACAUAACCCUGAUUCCAUUACCAUUCACACUUUCACAGCCAUAAUCAGUUAUUUUCUAAAGUGUAUCAUAGACAGGGUGUCCCAGUUUUGAUUAG